AUGGACACCCAAGAGCCAAAGGCCAGACUGGAUCAGCUUCCCCCUGAGCUGAUUCACAUCAUCCUGGAGGCCAUUCCUGAUAUCCAAUCUCUGGAGUUGGCUGUCCUAUCAGGGCCCUCUCUAUAUUCAGUCUUCAAACGCAGCCAGACCAGAAUCACGAAAAGGGUUCUGCUACGACAAGUCCCAAAAAGCCUGCUUCAUGAGGCUGUGGCAGUGAAGGCUGCUAGAGAGGCGUUUGAACCGCUGGAUGAAUUUGAUGAAUUUGAAGAGAUUGCGGAAGUUCCAGAACUCUUUGAUAGCUUUUCUGAGGAUUAUCGCGAUCGAACAGAAUCAGGGAAGUUCCGCCGCUCAGUACGGUUCAAGCUGUCCCAUGCCCGAAAACUCGCCGCAGUUCAGCCUCACGUCGAGUUCUUUACAAAAAGACUCGUCUCUGACGUUCUGGCUCGGAACCCAAUCACUGGGGAAUCGGCGUCUUCUCCACGCCCGCUCUCCGGGAGGGAGAGAAAUCGAAUCCAGUGUGCCCUCUAUCGCUUCGAAAUCUACUGCAGUCUCCUGCAAGGCUCGACUGAAGUUGCGUCUCUGCCAGAAAACGGGUCCUUCGAAUACUUCGGGUUUCUUGAAGAGCGUGAAAUUGCGCAGCUUGCCUGUAUUUGUCGGUUUGCCGAGGAAUACCCGGCACAGGAAAUCGAGCAACUCGCUUGCAUCUAUGAAUUCUUGUUGAGAAUCAUCACCCCAGGUAAAAAAAGCCUUUCCCUCGUACUCCAUAUCCAUUCUCUUUUACGUUAUUGGCAUGAUCCCCAUCCUGAGCUUUCUGAUUUGAUAGCGUUCCCCGAAACCCGAACCAACGAAUUCGAAUAUGACGAAGAAGACAUCGACCUUGAUCCUCCAGAAAAAUCUGUUUUCUACACUCCACAGCAUCAUAUGUGCCUCGGGUUGGCCCAUAUUCGGCGCUUCGCAGAAGCAGAGACCCCCCAGGCAUGUCUUGAUAUCAUUGCCGCCACCAAUGAAAGAGAAGGGCUUCCGGAAUUCAGUUCUUAUUAUCUGAGCCCUGCGAGACCCUGGGGUGAUUACCUUGUGAAGGACGUCGACCCUGAGACACGCAAAUCGCGCAUGAAGCCUUGGUAUCCAGACCGAAAUCCCGGUCCCCGGGACGUUUGGCUGUGGGGACGAUGGUCGCUGCCAUUUGACGAGCCUCUUUUCUCCCCUCGGACAGAGCCCCUGCGACGGUGGGCCUAUGUGAUGUGGGACAAGUCCCGGUUGGAUGAGUGGAAGGUUUUCGAGCAAGAGUGGCAACCCUCGCUUGAGUAA